CACCACAGAAAACAGGUUUUCAAGGACAAGGCAUGAAUGGGACAGCCAUUGAACAUUUUGCCUGUGUCAUUUUUAAUGUUUCCUUCAUGAACUGCACCUGGCACGUGGGCAAGACUGCUACAGAAGACACCCAGUAUUUUCUCUACUGGAGACCCCGAAAGAAAGAAGGUGUCACAGAAUGCCAAAAUUACAUCAAAGAUACCUGUGGAAGGCACAUAGGAUGUCGAUUUCAAAAUGUGACAAUAGAAAAUAGCAAUGCAUAUUUCCUUGUAAAUGGGUCCAGAAGUGGACAAAGCAUUCAGUCAUAUGAGAAGAAGAUACUUCUAUACCAAAUUGAAAAACUCACUCCUCCAUUAAAUAUCACAGUGAACUGUACAGAAGCUUCUCACAGAUGUAGUAUUUCGUGGCAACAACCUCAAACAAGUCAUGUGAAAAAAAGGAGUUGUUUCAAAUAUGAAAUUGUCAUAGAAAGCAAGGCUGAUGCUGAGAAAGACACCAAAACCACAUCUAAAACAGCAGCAAUCAUUGAAAGUAACUCCUAUCUAUAUGAAAGUUUCAUCUCAGAAAAAAGGUACAGCAUCAAAAUCAGAGCAACAGAUGCAGGCUUUUGUUUAGUAAGCCCAAACUGGGGAGAGUGGAGUACACCUGUGGAGUUUGGAACACACCAACUUACAUCUACUUCAUCAUAUAUGCUGUUUCUGAUACCAGGGCUGGCAGCAGGUCUCACAUUUUUCCUUUACAUUACAGUAAGGGCUUAUUUGAAAAAAACAUCUGAUACAGUACCACAGCCAAGAGACCCAUUCCGUGAGCCCUCUCCAAUGAACUUCCAGGCAGAAUAUAUUAAUCUAUUAAAACAAGAAGAAACUGAAGAAAUAGCAAAUAUUGAAGAAGAGAUGGAAUGCAAGUGAAAUGAGCAACUUGAUUUUUUUCAAGCUUAUAUACCUAACUGGCAAAAAUUAAGAGGUUUUUUAUAUUCUCUCACUCCUGGAACCAGGGAGAAGAGUAUUGGCCAUAAAGACAAUUCCAAGAUCUUAUCUCUAAAAGACUCCUUGUAUUUGGUUGCAUUUUCUAUGAACAGUUAAGUUUGGACUAUUUCUGGUUUGUAUUAUGAUUAAGACUGCAGUAUUUCAGAAGAAAAAUAUUUCAGUAUUGCUUUGGAAGCUAUUUUAUUUUUUUUUCAACAACAUGCAAAAGAAUAAGAACAACUAAACUUAAGGGGUUUAUUCAGGAUCUCCAUUGGUUCAGUGUCUCAAAAAAGGUACAGUCAUACUGAGAUUGUGAUCAGGAAUGAAAUUUGACAUCUACAUGACAGCCCUCUGUAUGAAGACCCGCCAAGAUCAAACCUCUUAAGAAAGAUCACUUGUUCAUACAGAGUAGUAUUAAAAAGUUCUGGAUACAAUCUUCCCAUAA